AUGACAUCUUCCUACACUACCAAGCAAUGGGUCCUCGCCAACAAGCCUACAGGGGAGCCUGUCCUGUCCGGCCCAGACGCUACCUGGAAGCUGCAGACCGUCACACUGCCUGAGCUGAAGGAUGGCCAGAUCCUCGCCAAAGUCCAGUACUUCUCCAACGACACUGGCCUAAGGAAUUUUAUUCAGAGCACCGUCGCGCCUGAGCGCUUCUACGUGCCUACAGUGCCCCUCGGCUCGCCCAUGCGCUCUGGUAUCAUCGCCGAGGUGGUCGAGUCCAAGUCGGACAAGUUCAAGGUCGGCGAUCUCUGCAUGGAUUUCCACCUGGGCACCUGGAGCGAAUAUGUGAUCCUGGAAGCCGAAAACUCCCAGGCCCUCGCGCCCCUGCCCAACGGCCUGCCCACCACGCACUUCCUCGGUGCGUUUGGCGCCUCUGGUCUGGCCGCGUAUACCGGCUUGUACUAUGCCGGUGAGGCUAAGCCCGAGCACACUAUUGUCAUCUCAGCCGCUGCUGGCGCUACUGGCUCUAUGGCUGUCCAGAUCGCCUCCAAGAUCCUGGGCGCUAAGCGAGUCAUUGGUAUCACUGGUUCUGACGAGAAGUGCAAGUGGGUGAAGAGCAUCGGUGCCCACGAGUGCCUCAACUACAAGAGCCCUACAUUCCUUGAGGACCUCAAGGCUGCUACCCCCAACGAGGUCGAUGUGUACUUUGACAACGUCGGUGGUGACAUUCUCGACGCCAUGCUGACCCGCGUCAAGAAGCACGGCCACAUCGCUGUCUGCGGUGCUGUCAGUGGAUAUAACUCUGACGAACCCAUGGCUCUCAAGAACUGGUUCGAGCUUAUUUCCUGCAGGAUCAACAUCCGCGGCUUUAUUAUGCUCGAUUAUAUGGACAAGGUGCCCGCUAUCCUAGGCGAGCUUAUUGGCGCCACUGCCGAUGGACGUAUCAAGCUCGAGGCUGCCGAGACAGUCAUUGAGGCGCCCAUUGAGCAGCAGCCCGAGGUUUGGAUGAAGCUGUUCAGCGGUGUCAACCAGGGCAAGCUCCUCACCAAGCUCAUCGUUUAG